GCCCAAGCAGCCGGCCCAGCAAUGAGCGAGCAAAGCCCAUCUGCGCACCGGUACGGAAUACGGAUAGUGGAUUGUGGGUGGCUGUCUGGCUGGAGAACGAGGACAGGCACGUGAAGGCGAGCGCGAGAGAGAGAGUGAGUGCUGCGCGUUGCAAAGUACAGAGCAGGGCGGUCAGUGAUUUGUGUGCAAGACCAGCGCCAGCCUCGAAUUUGCGAAGCCAAAGUGCGACCAGAGAGUGCAAGGCGGCUCGACGGCAGAUGGUGUGGGUUGUUUGCGUGUUUGCGUACGUGUUUGCUUGUUUCUGCUGUUCUUUGCGGAGUAAAGAAUCGCAUCAUCGCAUGAUGGUUCACGGCUUAUGCUCCUUGCUGCCGGUGCGCGGUGCUGUGGCAGUUUUCUGCCGUGUAUUCGUAUUGUGAUGAAGGUUCC